UCUGCUUGGAGAUUAGCGUUUUAGGCCUAACCGCUCCGGAAAGCAGCAUUAUGACCUAUGGAUAAUCCAAUUUGAAAAAAGUGACACACAAACAGGUAAACCAACAAUUGCUAAGUCUCUUACUCUCUGGGCCAUAGAUUUCGUGCCUGUAAUACCAUCGACGUCCUCUCGAUAUGGUGACGAGACCGUCGGGAGCUGACCCGCCUGCGGACAGACCGAGAAUGUCUCCGGCGCGGUGACCUUGAGUGGCUGGAUGAGGAGGAACGACUAGUCUCUACCAGACUUCGGAUCGCUGGAAAAAUCGUAGAAAUGGAACAAAUAGAGGAGAAAGCCGACCAGAGGAAUAUAGCCGGCCAGGGAACAGCACGCGAUCUGCGGCAUUUUUUAAAUUAAUAAAUGUAUAAACAUUGUCUCCAGUGCGUCACACAAUGCUGUUGCCCCAUAUAUACUGCAUAUUAUAGUCGUUUGUGGUCGUUUGUGGUCGUUUGUGGUUAUUUGUGGUCGUUUGUGGUGUUUAGGCAGACCGGUCCACGGCCUUCCUGAGCGCACGGUCCGCCCUCAAGUCAUUGAUGGUGUGACGAUCUUCCACAACUGGAUCGCUGAGAUCUGACCACAUGGUCUUGGCAGCAUCUUUGACCCUGCUCCGGGCGCGCAGCUUUUCCAGGAAACGCUUCGUGUCCUCGUCCUGGCGCAUGGAAAUGUAUUCCUCGUCCCAUAGGGGAGUUUAGCGCUCGGCAUUUGCCCUUGCCGUGGGGUCCAGGGUGACCCAAAACCGGUAGCAAACAGACCCGGCAGGUCUUUGGCUUGGUCAUGGUAACGUAGGUUCCGGACGCAGGCCGUAGGAAGAAAUAGUGCAACAAACGAUUGGAAAUGGAAGAGAGAGCAGUAGGGACGUCUGGACGCGUGAAGAACCGAAGAGAGAAUGAGGCAGCCAGGGGGAGGUGACCGCCCACGUGGGACAGGGGCGAGACUAGUGGGAGGAGCUAGGAGCGGUGCCAGGCAGUAAUUAAAGAAAAUGACCCCUGUGGGACAUUUUCCCGCGAUUUGAGGUUAUUGUCCGAUGUUCGCAGGUCAUAGGUCACAGAUCGUGAUGUCGUUCCGAAGGUCGCGAAAGUACAUGUAAGACUGUCCCUUUUAUGCCUUUGGGGGAAACUAUGUUAAUACAGGGUGUGACGUACCAUGUGAAGGCUACCAAACAAUAGACAACCUUAGGACAACCACCCUUCACCAUAAGUUUGUCUAACUACGAGUCAAAUCACUAGCACGGUAUAUUCUCAACCACCUGGGCACAUCCCAACUGUGCCUGCAACUAUUAACAGCUCUCUCCACUGACUGACAAUCGAUCCGUAACAGAUGUCCCGGGGUAAGUUUCCCAGAGGAGGAGGCUCUGACGUCAUAGAAAUAGACAACCUGCGAUGCCGUACAGAGAUAGGCAUCAGCCAACACGAGAUCGGAAAAAAGCAGGAAGUCGUCAUCAGUAUUCGCCUGGGGUGUGACGUGGGUAAAGCAGGGAAAAGUGAUGACGUACGUGAUUCCGUGAACUACAGUGAUGUUUCAAAGGACGUCAUCAAUUACGCGGAGUCAACAUCUUUUAACUUGGUGGAGAAACUAGCGACUGAUGUCGCCAGAAUCUGCAUCGCACUCUACAAGGUUCCAUGGGUCCAAGUACGAGUCCACAAACCAAAAGCCGUGCGAUUCAGUGACUCCGUCGGUGUCCUGAUAGAGAGAACAUCAGAAGAUUUCAGCGACAGUGUGGUCUAUCUCUCACUCGGGUCGAACAUCGAGCCCAGGAAGAACCUUAGGGACGCCAUCGCCUUCUUGAAGACGAAAGCCUUGGUGCUGAAGGUGUCUUCAUCAUUUCUUACUCCGCCUCAGUUACAAACCAACCAGCCGGAUAUUGUCAACAUGGCGGCUCAGAUUCUGACGGAAAUGACGCCAACACAGCUGAAAACCUUUAUUUCUGAAAUAGAAGAGGAGCUACUGCGCGUGCGCGAUCCCAACAACAAACACGGCCCCCGAACAGUUGACCUUGACAUCUCUCUCUGGGGGUCAGAAGUGCUGGAGUACAGCAUUGCUGGUACGGAAGAGGGGACCAAUCACAGCCCGCCUAACGGCAAUAAAAAGAAGAAGGUGCCCGACCCAGACGUUCUCCGGUUCGCUCAUGUGGCUGUGCCAUUGGCAGAGAUCUCUCCGCAUCUGAAGCAUCCGACCAAUGGCAGCACGCUAGCCUCCAUUGCCAGGGACAUUACAGGUCGCGAGGAUUACAUCAAUACGUUCCCGAUUGUGGAUCUCUUCCGUUAGAACUUUAAAAUUCAAAAGUACAAGCAUAACGAUGAGCUUUCUAAAUAUGCUUUCCUCAUUAGAUGUUUUAGAGUUCCGGUAUAGAAAAUGGAAGUUUUUAAGCAUUGAUAAAUCUGCUAAUCAAAUCUUACCUCUACCAUCCCUAGAUUAAUUGUCGAAAUGAAGUUUAAAUAUUGAUUAUUAUUGACAAGAAAGGAUCGAUAAGCUUUUCAACAUUUCAAACUUCUUGCAUUGUAUGUACGUAAUGGUGGCAGACAGCAUAUCUAUACGUAUACUUAGCAGUAUGGAAUUAUAGCAGUUAACGGGAUUUAAGGUGCUAUGCUAAGUUACCAACAGGUGAAUACACGUGGAGUUUACAAGUCUACAGUACAGCGUUUCAAUAAACCAGUCUAUAAUGUCACGAGCGGGCUCCUUGCGGAGCGUAUAAAAAUUGAUUUUUUUUUAAUGACAACUAAUGUUUUAGAAUUAGAAGUCAUAAUAUCUGCGCGAGGACGUUGUUUAUUUGUUUGGGCAGCUGUGGACUGACUGUAACCCUCCGAGUCACAUUUUGACAGAAACGCGCCCCAUCUCAAAGUUUCCACAAGAAAAACAAUGUGAAAGCUUUUAGAGGUAUUUAAUACAGUUUGUUUAUACCCCCCCCCCCCCCU